UCGCUUCCGCAUCACGACUUCGUCCACUUUCCAUGUCUCAAGGCACUCGGUCGGACCAGUCCAUGCCCCAAGAUCAGGCUUCGGAGCACAGCAAUGAUCCCGCUAUGCAGCAGCUCCUCUCAGAGCGCAAUUCGCUGAGGUCCCAAAAUGAUCAGUUGUGGAAAAUCAUCGAAAAGCAGCGCAUUAUCAUCCAAAAUUUACAAAAGGAUAUUGUCAAGAUUACUGCCGAACGAGAUCACCUUCGUAGCAGCGGUGCACCCAAUCAUGUAACUGGAAUGCCAACACCCGGUUCAUCUACGUCAUCCUUGGAGCAAGGACAACAACAACAGCAGCAGCAGUCUAGUGCUCAUCACCAAUACCCACCAAACCAUUCCAACCAGCAGCACUAUCAACAGUCUCAACAACAACAUCAAUAUCAGCAACAGCAACAGCAACAGCAUCGCACCAAGCGAACCCCUGAACGGCACAACCAAGACCCCACCGACUCUGCACCUGCACAGACGACUGCUGUCACUAGCGAACGAGACCUUGAGCUGGCCUCAGGAUCUAAUCCCAACGCAUCCUUUUCAUCAACAGCAUCCUCUACAGAUUAUCGGCAGCAGCAGCCUCAACAGUCUCAGAAUCGUGGUCAUCAUGACAACCAGGCAUCUAGACACCCUGUUAACUCACGUAAAUCUCGCCCCAAUGCUCUACCAUUGACACCUUCUUCAAAUUCUGAAGCUGAAUCAGAAGGAUUUAAAACUGAAUACGUUCAAGACGACACACAAGUAGGAAACAGUGGUUAUGAAUACACCAAUGGGAGCCAUUAUGAUCAAAUUCAAUCCUUUCCCACAACGGCUGAUGACGAAAAACCACGGGGCAUCUCUGAACAAGAGCUUCAGACCACAGCGGCAUCAAACCGAACCCACCAUCAGGGAGCAAUCCAUGCCUCUACUCUAGUUAGCCAUCAUGACAGAGAUCCUCGCAUCUUGGCUGGCCGAUCGGAAUCCAACCACUCUCUGGAUGCCCCUCGUAACAUCUCAAGUAGCAUUGUUAUUGCGCCCCACCUCAUGCCUCACCUUCCUCCUCGUUCGCCGAGACGUGAGCGUCGAGAUGACCACAAUGUGUCUCCUAAUACGUCGGAUAACGAGGACGAGCAACAGCAACCACGACAUGGCGCUGGACGAAAGGGGUACUCUGCUCCACUUCUCAGUCCUAUACGAGCUAGAGGUGAUAUUGGAUCAGAUCAACCUUCUCCGAUGUCUCCUAUAACACAACACCAUUUCCAAGAGGGACAGGAUGUCCGAGCCGCAUCUGCGAACAAGCACUCUGCGAUACAGGCAAACACAUACGAUUCAGUGUCAGAUUACGAUAUGGCUCAACAACACUCCAUGUGCUCGCCAGCAAUACCAGGGUCUCAAGGAGCAUCCACCAGCACCCGCAAAGCAGGCUCUGGUCAAACUCCAACAAUCUCCGCCAAUGUUAUCCCACAGGUGAUUACUUCUCAAGACAACGGGCCGUCAUCUCCUACAAGCGCUAAUCCGCAUUCGAUGCCUACCUCGCCCAUUGCAGCCAUUAUCGAUCAGGACGCCGAGAAGUUCAGGGUAUAUAUAAAUAAGAUGAAUUCCCCUAAUCGCAAGGGUGCUCCAAAUUCAUUGCAUCCUAAUGUUGACAGCCAAGAACAUGCAACUGCUCUUGGCCAGGCUGUGGCUCUGGAAAACAUUCAAUCACAAAUUGAGCUCCAGAAUCAACUCAUGGCUCAAGUUCAAAGUGCUGGUGGCCGAGUAAUGCAUAAUGGACAUCCUCAAAAUCAAUGGAACGCUGUUAAUCCUAAUAUAGAUACUUCUAUCAACCCAGAUGGCAGUUAUCAAGAGGAGAACUGGAGUGAGCAACCAGUCGCACAAGCUCCACUACAGGUUGAAAAUCGUGAAAGACGACGUGAAUCAUCGCUCCCUCCUCCCACGGAGGGAUACCCAAAGAUCAGUGCCCGCUCCACAUCCCACCACCGCGAUGAAGAGGAGGCUAACAGAGACUAUGCCGCACCUUCUCCUCCAAGACGUCAUGAUUCACAGCCGAUUGUUGAGAGCUCUAGUGCUACAGCACGUUCAGGUUCACCUACACCAUCUGGAAACUCAUCUCUCACCAACACAUUGCCCAAUGCUCAAGGGCAAUCGCGAAAUGGGCCAACUGUCCAUCAGCAGGCAUUCCAUAUGUUUGGUGAAAAUCUAGAGUUCGUCUCUAUCCUUAUAGUGGGCAGCAACAUCAAAACCAAUGACAGAGGCAAGGAAUUGUUGACGUUCUUAGUUUCCAUUGGCCAAGAAAUGCAGGGUAAAGAUGGAAUGAUCCCCCACAAGGAAGACGAAGAGCUAUGGCGAGUUGAAAAACAAUACAUUGACUUUGUGAAUUUAGAUUCAAAGCUGCGUAUCACGCAAUCCAGAAGUGUCGUCAAUAGCCUGCCGAGACUUCCUGACAAGAGUCUUUUCAGCACGCAUGCGCCCUCGAAGGUUGAUGCUCGCAAAGUUGCUCUGGAGCAAUAUUUGCAGCAAUUAGCGUCGCUUCGUAUCAAAGACACUCGCGAUCUUUGUGAGUUUUUGAGCACAAACGUUGUUGAGCGCGUUGAGCGUGGUCAACGGAGGGAGGGUCAAGACCCUGGCUGGAAGGAGGGCUAUCUAACUAAACGUGGUAAAAACUUUGGGGGAUGGAAGACACGCUUUUUUGUCUUGAAAGGCCCAGUCUUGGAGUAUUUUGAUUCGAAAGAUGGCCAUCAUCUUGGAUCUAUCUCUUUAGUCUAUGCUCAGAUUGGUCGUCAGCAAAGCCAAGAUAAACAGGAUGGGGAUGGCAAAGACAACAAUAUGGCGGACCCCAACUCAUACCGACACGCUUUCCUAAUUCUUGAGCCUAAGAAGGGUCAGACAGCGGCAGACGCAAAGCGUAACCCUAGUAGUGUGACACGUCAUGUCCUCUGCGCUGAAACAGACGAAGAGCGUGAUGAAUGGGUGGAUGCAUUACUUCGAUACGUUGGAAAGGAUUCAGCAGACCAGCUUGAAUCUAACGAAGAGAAAAGGCUAGGAAAGAGAAUGCCUGACAUUCAAAAGGUUGCUGCCACACCCAUCAAAGAGCUUACAUCUGUUAAAGGCAACGAGAAGUUGCUUUUGAAUCAAGAAGCAUAUGAAAGACAACAGCGCUCUGUCCCACCUUCCCCAUCUGCUCAGCAAUUCUAUCAGGGUAAAGGUGGCAACGUACCGCAGUCGCCGACAGUAAAUGGCAUGUCUCUCGAGGAUCGACACUCACACGAAAGACAAUCUGCUGAAGGCCAGUACUCAACCAACAACAGGAGUAAUCUUAAUCUAUCUGCUGAGCUAGACCAACAGCAGCAGGGGUCCUUGGGCCAUCAACACCCGCAGCAGCAUUAUCAACAACAACAACAACAACAACAACAACAACAGCAGCAGCAGCAGCAGUAUCAGCAGCAAUACCAGCAGCAACAGCAAUACCAGCAGCAACAGCAAUACCAGCAGCAACAACAAUAUCAGCAGCAACAGCAAUAUCAGCAGCAACAACAAUACCAGCAGCAACAACAGCUACCGCCACAGCAGUUGCCCCGAAAUCAGUCAUCACAUUCACUCAAUCAAUCUCAAGAUGAUAGCUCGUCAUCCAAAUCAUCGCAAGAAGCGCCUGCUCCAAUUCCAGUUCCGGCUCCAUCCUUGACACCUCAAGAAGUAGCAGAGAAGAAGCAGCGUUCUCGUAUGACUUUCCAUUGGCCUAAAAAGGCCGCUAAGGAAGAGACAGUAGUACCAGAACCAGUGGCGACCACACCGCCACAAAGCACUGCACAGGAUUCUUACCGCUUGAGAAACUUUUUAGGAAAAUCUAACAACUCAAGCAGCAACAUUAAUAAUCCUAAUAAUAGCAAUGGCUCUCAGGGACAACAGUACGCAACUGGACCUGGACAAGGUUCGAGCCAUCAGACAAUCGUCCGACAAGUCUUUGGGGUCUCACUUGAACAAGCGGUUGACCAAGCUCGAGUUCAGCCUGGUUAUGAGUUACCUGCGGUUGUUUAUCGAUGCAUUGAGUAUUUGAACGCUCAUAAAGCUAAGCUUGAGGAAGGAAUCUAUAGAUUGAACGGAUCUUCAGCUGUGAUCAAGGGUUUAAAGGAUCGGUUUAAUCAAGAAGGCGAUGUGCCGCUCUUGGCAAGUGAGGAAUAUUACGACAUCCAUGCUGUUGCGGGCUUAUUGAAGCUUUUCCUUCGCGAUUUGCCAUCGUCUGUUCUUACACGAGAGUUACACAAGGAUUUCCUUCAAGUAAUUGAAUUGGCGAGUCGAGCUGACCGCGUGAACGAGCUAACACGACUUGUGGCAGAAUUGCCAGAGGUGAACUACACGCUACUACGAGCGUUGACGGCACAUUUGAUUGAGAUCGUGGAGAAUGCAGAUAUCAAUAAGAUGACUGCACGCAAUGUUGGCAUUGUAUUCUCACCAACACUAGGCAUUCCUGCAGGAGUCUUUGCGCUGUUGAUGUCAGAUUUUGAUCAGAUCUUCCACACGAACGAUGGGCGAAUCAUGCCUUUGGAGAACUAUGACGGACGGAGAGGCAAUAUUCCAGAUGCUAAUAAUAAUUCCGAAGGCAUGGUGGCAUAAAAAUGAAAGACAAAGAGACAAAAAGGCGUAGCCAGGGGCUCGUUUUGUUUCAAGUCUUAAAUAAUCCACAAUUAUAUAUUACAUUUACACUACUUACUACAACAUCAUAACCUAAUAAAUAAUCUUAAUGACC